AAUAUUUGCGGCUCAUUGAAAGAGUAAUUGUGUCUGAAUGUAGUAAAACUGAAUUUUAAAAAUGUUGUUUCAUUUAACAUUAUAGUAAUAUACAACUUAAGCUUUAAUGACCGCUACCGUUUAUGAUACGCAUCCAAAUGUUUAGUUGGAGUGUAGUUGGGCGGAACUCUUUUGUGGUCGGACGUGCUUUUCACCCCUUCCGCCGUGAUGAGUUUCGAGUGGCCCUGGCAGUACAAUUUUCCUCCUUUUUUUACGCUUCAACCCAAUGUGGACACGAGACAGAAACAGUUGGCGGCGUGGUGUUCACUAGCGAUAGCCUACUGUCGCCAUCAAAAGCUGUACACGCUGGACGUGAUGGAGGCCCAGGAGAGCCCCGUCUUCAACAACCACAAGAUUGAACGAAAACUGUCAAUGGAAGCCAUUCAAGUUGUGUUUGAGGAGCUGAGGAAAAAAGGGAACCUGGAGUGGCUGGACAAGAACAAGUCGAGGUGUUUGGUGAUGUGGAGGCGGCCCGAGGAGUGGGGCAAGCUCAUGUAUAACUGGGUGGCUAAAAACGGGAUGAACAAUACAGUGUUCACACUAUACGAGCUGUCCAAUGGCGACGACACUGAGGGCGAAGAGUUCCACGGCCUGGAGGAGUGGAUGCUGCUGCGCUCGCUGCAGGCGCUGCAGACGGAAGGCAAAGCCGAAAUCAUCAGCAUGGACGACGGCAAAGGCGUCAAAUUCUUCUGAAGAGGGAAGAUUUUUGGCAUGGCGGGGGGCCGCACUUUCUUGCUGUUGUUGCUGCCCUGCCACUGCAUCCAUAUUUUUUAGUCAUGGGAAGAUUUUGUCAUUUUGAGGUAACUUGACAUGUUUAAAAAUCAUCUCUGGAAGUCAUCUUACAAAGAUCCAUGUAAGUGACACCUGGACCAAGACUGCUGAUUCAACUCAGCCCAAUUUAUUAUUAAUAACAAAAAUAGUGGACAGUUUUAUUGUGACACUUUCCCAGAAAUAAUCCACAAUUAACUUCUCCCCUCACCCUGAUAUCAUGUGUAAAAAUAAAUAAAUAAGACUACUUUGAUAAA